AUGGAGCUUGAGGAACACGUGGAGGUUGUGGAUGGAGCUGGAUGGCUGGGAUCAGAUGCUGGAUGUGGGAAGCAGGUCCUGGAUCGAUCCUACAGGUCCUGGAUCAAUCCUACAGGUCCUGGAUCAAUCCUGGAGGUCCUGGAUCAAUCCUGCAUCCCCUGGAUCGAUCCUGCAGUUGCUGGAUCAAUCUUGCAGGUCUUGGAUCGAUCCUACAGGUCCUGGAUCAAUCCUACAGGUCCUGGAUCAAUCCUGGAGGUCCUGGAUCAAUCCUGCAUCCCCUGGAUCAAUCCUGCAUCCCCUGGAUCGAUCCUGCAGUUGCUGGAUCAAUCUUGCAGGUCUUGGAUCGAUCCUACAGGUCCUGGAUCGAUCCUGGAGGUUCUGGAUCAAUCCUGCAGGUCCUGGAUCAAUCCUGCAUCCCCUGAGGGCACAGGGAGUGUCUCUGAUCCUGCUGGAGUCAGGGAGCUCCACCUCCCGGCAGGCGCCACCUCCCUCAGGGACACUAUAAAGGACAAGCUGUCCCCUGUGCCCUGGCCAGUGCCAGCCUGGAGAGACCUCGGAGCCAGGACCCUGCAGGUGGAUGCUGUGCUGAUUGCUGAAGGCAGCGAGGCCCCAGAUCUGCCCCAAGGACGGGCUUGGCCACGAGAUCCCAUGGUUGGAUCUGAGUUCAGAAGAUCCUCCAGCAGCCCCAUCCUCAGCCCCCAGUCACAUCCCCUGGAUCUGGGGACAGAAGAGCCUCCAAAAUCCCCUUCCUGAGCCCCAGCCAGAUCUCCUGGAUCUGGGGACAGAAGGUGCCGCAGCACCCCCAUCCUGAGCCCCAGCCAGACCCCCUGGAGCCCCCAGGAGCCGCCCCCAGUGCCCAGGACGAGGCCACCACAGUGCACGAGGGCUUUUAUUGGGUCAGGUAUGUACAGAGCCGAGCUGGGGGGUCUGUCAGGGUAAGGGGGGGCUCCCCACGCCCUGGCUCAGAGCAGGGGGUGCUUGCCCUGCUGCUGCUGCUGCUGCUGCUGCCGGUUCGCCAAGUGCAUGAGCUUGAGGAGCAGA